CAUGUCUUCCUAAUCCUACGUCCUGUCUCUCAGGACGAGUCUGACAUCCAGCGGUUGGCCCACCUGCAGAAGGAGCUCAUCCUGGCGGCCAUCGACUCGGUCAACGCUGAGUCUCCCUCUGGAGGCUAUGUGGUGUACUGCACAUGCUCUAUCAUGGUGGAGGAGAACGAGUGGGUAGUGGACUAUGCUCUCAAGAAAAGAAACGUCAAACUCGUCCAGACUGGACUGGACUUUGGCAAAGAAGGUUUCACCAGAUUCAAAGAGAGACGAUUCCAUCCCUCUCUGAAACUCUCACGCCGGUUCUAUCCUCAUUCCCACAACAUGGACGGUUUCUUUGUGGCCAAGCUGAAAAAGUUCUCCAACACGGUCCCAACCACAGCAGUUGACAAAGACGGAGAAGAGGAAACCGAGCCAUCUGAGGCAGUAGAGGUUACAGCUGAUUCCUCUGAUGAGGACGGGCCACCUAAAGCAGGGUCUAAGAACAAGUCCAAGAAGCAGAAGCCAGUCCCUGGCAAGCCAGCUGUGUCACAGAAGGCCACAGCCAACGGGAAGCUAGCCAAAAGCAUCGGCAAGAAAACAACAAACCCAAGCACCUUGAAGAAGAAUGAGAAACCAACCGGGCCGAAAAAGGCAAAGAUUGCUAAGAUGGAUGGUGGGACUGUGAAAGUGGACGGAGAGCUCAAGAAGUCCAACACAGUCAAAACAGAAGGGGAGACGACCAAAGAGUCAAAGGAAGGGAGCAGGUUUGAGAAAAAGGGCGAUAAACAGAGGAAAUCCCCCAUGCAGAGCAAGAAGAGAAUGGGGAAGAACAAAUUCAAUAAGUUGAAGAAGCUGCUGAAAAAAGAAGAGGUUGGACAAUGAACAUGUAUAAAAUGUUUAUGAAAAUGAAGACUGUAAUUAUUUUGCAGUUGUCGCUAGUCAGAGAGGUCUAAUUGUCAUAACAGAUAAGUAAUUUUCACAAGAGUUGAGCAGAGUAUGUUAGGAUAAAUAUUGCCUCCCUCCAGACUGAAAAUCACUGCAGUAGGCUCUCCAUCAAGGGCCCUGAGCCUCAGCCCCCUUUGGAGUAGGUAGAUGAUGUCCCUAAYCACACAGAUACUAGAUCAGAAAUGUUUCAUGGCCCUCGUGGAUGAUUGGUUCUAGGUUAGGAAUAUGGUAAUAUGAUCCUAGCUCUGUGGUUGAGGGCAAUGUUCUAACUUCAACUCUCGUUAAACAUCACAACUUCACAUUUUAUUCCUUCCUUGCAAUGUUAUCUGUUUGGUUUAAUUUCAUUUUGUGUCUUUUGGUUAAAUUGAUAUGUAUUGUAAAGACUAAUUCUUGAGACAAUAAAAUGUUUCAGGUUGUUUGACAUAUA